AUGGAGUUGUCGACAAAGCAGGAAAGGUUCUCAGCGCUAUCUCUAGCGCAAUCGGAAAAUCGCUUAAGCGCAUUUCGAGUAGGCCUAAAAUUACUAUGUUUGCAUGCUUAUGUUGUCAAAUAUUUGUUAUUGUGUCGUAUUACUUGUCUUGAUCCUAGAACAGGCAAACAGUUAAAGAGAUGGAACUGCGCAAAUUUGCAAUGCGAACUCCACCAAAUAGAUCAAUUCAGUAAUUUUCAAUCAUGUAAUGACAUAGUAGAUACUUUGCGAAACUCUUUAAUGCCAAGUCUAUUCCAUAAUUGGUCAUCUAUAAUUGGAGUUUUGCCACCAUAUGAUGCAACGAUACCACAAGAACCUAUGAAUAUGGAAACAAAACAAAAUGAGUUAAAUAAUCAAUUUCCUCCAGGCAUCCUAAGGCAUGCAAUUGCAAAAUAUCGUGCAUCAGAGAUAGUUGAUUUAUGCGAAAACUCUGUUGAAAGUGAGCAGGCAUCGAAAGCUCCUUUCGAAAACGAGAUAAUCAUCAAGCAAGAAGAUAAGCACAUUGAUAAAACGUCUGUUAUUGAUGAAGGUGUGAUAAAAUUCGAGACCUCAAUUCCAGAAAUCGGUGAAACAAAGCGGAAAGCAGCAUUUCAGUGUGGUAAGAACACGGGAAAACGAAGAGUUCAGUGCAUGAAAUGUUUUAAAACAUUUUGCGACAAAGGUGCUCUUAAAAUUCACAAUAGUGCCGUUCACCUUAAGGAAAUGCAUAAAUGUACGGUUGAAGGAUGUGAAAUGAUGUUCUCUUCCAGACGAAGCAGGAAUCGACAUUCCGGUAACCCAAAUCCUAAAUUGCAUACUGCUACUCCUCAACGACAAUUCGAUUCACUCCGGAUGGAGACAAUAAGCGAGAAUUUAGCUGGAAAUGUGGAUUCACUUCAUGUUUUGACUAACUCAGCAUCAUCGGACUCUUCUUUGAUGAAAGUUGGUAAUAGUUCUUCACCAUUUUCACAGACAAGCAGUGAAUAUUCUGACGGCACAAUAGCAUCUCUGGAUAAAAAUCAUAAUUUGGUCAAUAAUGAUGCAAGCUCUUCGGGUACACGCAAGCGGAAAUGUGGUCGUCCAAUAAAACUUGCAUUGGAUGAAAAGAAACCAAAGCAGUACAAUGAUCAGUUGGAGAACAACGUAGAUCCGCUGACACCACUGGACCUCACCAAUGGGAAAAACGAUAUGAAAUCAACAUUACUGUUGAAAACGGGUACAUCACCAUUGACACUUUUUACGUCUUCUGUGCCCAGUAUUCUUCCGCCAACUUCUUUAAUUAAUCCAGCUGUAGCAGAAAUGGUGCGCCUUUUACAGCAAGCUCAAGCAUCACUUUCACCAAGUCGUCAUGGACCUAAAUCGGGAUUCAAUGUAAUGCAACUUAUGCCAGAACAACAACACUCGUGGAAAUGA